ACCAAACAAAGUGUUAGGUAUUGAAUGUCAAAGUUAUGAACUAUUUGUUUGUAAAUCAAAACAUUACAUUGUACACAUAGGCUUUAUUUACCUACAGUAAAUAGGUAAAAUUUGAUUUAAUUUGUGAUUGUAUAGGGGAUAAAUAAUACAGUGAAUUAGUGAGGAUUAUAUAGUCUCUAAUUUUACUUUUCAAAUAAAAUGUAAAAAAAAGAAAAGGAUAAUCUAUGUACAUGUUAGACAUAAAUAUUUACAAAAUCGUCACUCGAAUCAGUAAAUACAAGUAGUCCUGAAAUCAAAGAUGGCAAAGGAAUUGUCGCGUUAUAAUAAUUUGUGGUACUAGGAAUUAAAAGGUAGUCAAAUUCGCUGUGGUGUCUAUGUCAUAGUUGAAGUUACUCAGAUUCAUUUAAAGAAAAUAACCUUGAGAACUAAAAGGACUUAAACUGGGUGUGCAGACAUAAAUUCCCUAUGACGCUAUUAUGGGGUGUUCCGCUAGUAAGACUUACCGUGGCGGAAACUCCUUGAGAAUUGUCAUGGUGGGCUUAGAUGGAAGUGGUAAAACCACCUUAAUGUACAGACUAGUUACAGGAGAAGUAAUAGAGGCAACACCUACGUUAGGAUUUAAUGUAGAGACAAUAACAUACAAAGAUAAUGAAUUCACGAUUUGGGAUAUGGGAGGUCAGGAGAACAUCAGAAGAUUAUGGAGGCAUUAUUUUCUAAGAAUUAGAGGCAUCCUAUUUGUAAUUGACAGUGCAGACAAGGACAGGAUAGAUGAGGCACAGCAAUUACUUGAUGAACUUCUGCAAAACGAUGAACUUUUAGGUACACCUAUUGUCGUUGUGGCCAACAAACAAGACUUAGACGGUGCAAUGAAGGAAAAAGACAUUGUUGAACUUUUAGAGCUUAAACAAAUCUCUGGACGUUUAUGUACUAUACAGGGAACGAGUGCAAUAACAGGAGCUGGUAUCCAUAAAGCAUUAGACAAUAUACUUAGAUUCAGACAUCAUAUGGAGAGUGUUCGGGGAUAGUGGUGAUCACUUAUUUAAUGCUGAUGAUCAAUUGUCCUAUAUUUCCAGAACAAUGCAGUGGGAAAUAUAAAUCAUAACGUUUUAAAAGUGAAUCCUAAAUGUUCUACCUGAAAAUCAUUUCAUAAAGAACAUACUAUCUAGUGUAUAUCUUUUUGGUAUAAUGAAACAUUAAUCGCUACUUGGAUGUUCCUAACAUGAUGAUCAGAAUUUUCAUUGGCAUAGUGAUGCAUAGUUUUUUUUUAUUCAGGAACCCAUUCAUAUAUGUAAUAAUAUUUUAGAAAAAAUGUUAAUUAUUA